AUGGUUAACAAUAAGCGACUUGAAUUGGUUUGUCAUCGCUGGCGCGAGUUGUGUUUGAUGGCCGCACGAAACGAGGAUAAGCCUGUUUGGGUUUAUGUGAUCUUCCGAAAGAACCACUGUAGCGGUCAUGAGAAAAUGACCGUUAAUAUCAGUUUCGAUGGACCAAUCUUCUGGAAUCGUCAAGUGGUGUAUAUUUAUUGUUGCAGUUGUCAUUUUCAUGAACAUGAGCCUAUGCCUAUGGGUAAGCCGGAAAAAGAAAUAUUGCCCAAAAAUUUUACGCUAACUCUUGGAUUUCGUGAGUUGACACGCUUUCAAUUUCCAUUGGACUCACGCAGCUUUGAAGCACCUCGAAUAUCAAACAAUAUGUAUUCAUCAUUGCAGGGACCAUUGAUGACGUUGCUGAGGAAAUUCGAGCAUCGUGUUGAACGAGUUUGUAUAGUGGAUAAACCGGUUGAUUACUCCUUUUUGCCGGACAGCUUCUUCUCAUAUAUGGCCAAAAAUAUGCCACGAUUAGAGUUCAUAUACCUUCGAGAAUUGGACCUCGAAAAGAUCAAUCGAGGUACAGUUGUGGAGCUUGCGCAGCAUACGGCUCUCAAGAAAUUCAUCGUUCACGGAUGCCGAAACUAUGAGGUUCUUCAAGAUUUCAAGAAUCUACCUCAGUUGCUAGUCGUUAAAGGCGAAAUCGUAGGACUAAAGGCCAUGAUCGGUGAAUUGGACUUCGAUGAGCCUGAAAGUGCAUCUGAAGCAUCAAGUCAAGGGAAGUCGAAGACCGUUUCAAGCAGUGAAUCAGCGUCUGAAGAACCUCUAUCGUCUAACUCAAAAGAGUCCUCUUCAACCCAGUUAACCGCCAUUGAAGUAGGCAUCCAAAAUGUUGGAGUCACAGACUGA